UCCAUAGAAGCGGGUCAUUACAAACAAAUUGCAGUAUUAAGUUGCUUAAAAAAUAUGUCUUUUGUAAGAUUAAGAAAGACCAAUCCGUCUGGAGGUAUUCCCAGGAAAAAGAAAACCUUUAAAAAACUGCCAGAAUGGGAUGAUAAUUUACAUGAUAUGAAUGAAUUCAAAGCUACUCCUGAAGAAAUUGCAAGACGAAAAGAAGCACACAAGUCCAAGCAUGCUUUAGCUGCAAAGCUUCAAAAACAAAGGCAGAUGAAAGCAAGGAAAGCUGAUUUGAGCAUUUCUAAUACAGAAGCAAGGAAGCUGGCCAUAAUGAAAGAAGUUUUGUAUGACCAACAAGAGUUUCAGAAUGUUCUAGCCAAAUCAGAUAAAAUGAUGGCUGUUGUUAAAGACCUGUUUGGGGAUGCACCCAAUAGAAUGCCUGGUGUUCCAAAUGUAACUUCAGCACCAAAUGGUGAUGGAAAUCACAGGAAUAUAGUUGUCCCUCUCCAUGAAAUCAGAACCAAAUCAGAUACUCUGAGUGAGUCAAUGGUAGACAAGUCAGCAUUGAAUGACUUAGAAACAGAUAGUGAUGAUGAGGAUGACGAAGAUCCAAGUUUCUAUCAACCUAAAUUUAAUUUAGAGAGAUUUCAACAAUUUUUGGCUAAUGAAGAAAAGAAUCAUACAAUCAGCACAAUCAGUGGUCAAGCACAAAUGAGCCACCUUGACCAAGGUCCAAUACAAAGUACACAGAUACAGUUAGACAGCAUGCAGAAUACUAGAGAUUUUGAGACACCAAAGAAACAGUUGAAUGGUUCAAUUUUGAAAGCACCAAAUUCUGCAAUGAAUGACACAAACAAAAUAAAGAAGUCAAAGAAAAGAGUGGCACCUAGUCCACAGCAACACAACACUACUUCUAAUAUGAAUCUAACAGAUCUUAGGAAGGUAUUGGAAGGUUUGGAAGAUGAAAUAGCAGAAUAUGAAAGAAGUACUGGUAGAAGAGCCCCAGCAGAGAGACACAGACAGGAAAAUUUCUCUGGUUAUACAUUGUCUAUUGUUGACUCUGUUACAAAAUUAUGUAGAUAUCUCAAAGAGAAUGAAUUACGGCUGAAAGCUGAGACAACAGUAAGAGAACAGCUAACAGAAGAUGUAACACAAUUAGCACAGCUUAUUGAUGCUCUUACCUCUGAUAUUAUUCUUACACAAGAAGAGUAUGCAAAAUUGAAUAGUAAUUUUACCAGAUACAGGGAAGAAACUCACAGUGAAAUCCUUUAUCUUAAGACAGCUGUACAAAAUUUGAGUCGUCCUUCUUCACAGACUGUGCCUCUGAUGGAAGAUAUAACUCCUCCAAGACAUAAAUCUCCACCGCAGAUCACAGACGAACUACCUUGGCUUGAAAAGGAUGUAAAUGGAAUACCAGAUCAUUUACAAGCAGAUUCUGCAGCAGUUCUAUUAUCACCCCCUGUGAGAAAAUCAAGAAUUCAAAGGGAACAAGAAAUAUUAGAACAAAUGGGAAGACAGUCAUCAUUAGUAGAUAUAACAACUGCUGUACAGAAUGACUCACAACCAGAUAGUGGUUUACCUACACCAUAUUUCAACCAUCCUAAUGUACCAUCUUCACAUUAUCAAUCAUUACAACAACAUCCCGGUUCAAUUUCAUCGCAAUCUGGUUACCAACAGUCUGUAUUAAGUACAGGGCAUGUACCAGGCAAUAUACAUACUGGUUAUCAGCAGGGUGGACAAAUACCAGCCACAUCACUCCAUCAAGUGUCACAAGUGUCAGUUCAGAAUGGCAUGUACAUUCCUCAAAGCAGACCACAAGGUCAAACUCAAGGUCCAACAAGAAUGGCUGCACCAAGCAGAACGUAUUCAGUUAGUACUGUUCAUCCAUCAGGUGCGAAUGCUCAUGUACGAGUUCCUCGACCAAGUCCACUUGUUCAAAGUAAUGUGGGUGUUUCAUUACCAGGUACUAGACAAGUAGCGCCACCUGUACAAGGACAGUUAUCUAGCCAACAGUCAGUACAACAGCAAAGUCACAAAAACCAGUUAGCAAAUCAAAUAUCAGAACUGAACAAACAACAUGAGGAAGCACAGAAACGACUUCAGAAUCUGAUGCAACAACAAUCUAAUCAGAUGGCAGGGAAUACUAAUGAUAACUAUCCUAUACAGCAUGGGUUGCCAGCAUAUCCAGUCUCACCACCGAUAUCACCAAUAUCUCAAAAGUCUGAAGGAUAUCUUAGUCUCCAAGGCAUUGUUGAUCAGAGACUGCAAAAUGGUGAAGGACCCAAACGAGGGAUUACUGUAUCAUUACCUACUGUUGACUUUGAAACUUCUCCCCAAUAAAAUACUGUACUAGUCUAAUAGUCAUAACAUAGGUAUAUCUAGUGCUCAAUUGUCAUAUCAUAAAACUUUACUGUUAUAUUUUGUUGUAAAUAUACCCUACACUAUUUAUCCAGUUGUCCAUUUUAAGCAUUGGUUUAGAGUAGGUAUAAAAGUUAGGACAGAUGUGAAACAUUUUAAGCAUUGGUUUAGAGUAGGUAUAAAAGUUAGGACAGAUGUGAAGGUUUGAUGUAUGGUUCACUUUAUUUUGUUUCUUUCAUACAAUGCAAAUGAGGAACUUAGGUUAGGCUUCAUCUAUUUGAAUUUAUGGGAAUCUGGGUGGAAUGGGUACUUCUAAAUCUGAUGUCCCUUGUUGGGGGAGUGUGAAAAACCCUUGCAAUAACACAUAUUGAGGAUAGUGGGUAUUGAGUAACCUUUUGCAUAAUGGUCUUUUAUCCAGUGACAGUCAAAAUAUAACACCAUCACCUGGGAUGACUUUUUUGCAGAAGCUGCCUAUUAUUGCAAUGUUUGAUUUUUUUCUCGUCUUGAAUAUGAGUAAAAUAUUUUCAACUAGUCCUUAACCAAACAUCAAUCAAUCCAUCCAUUUGCUUCCUGGCUACAACCCCUGGAAGGUUUUCGGGUAUCCUUUUGAUAUUACUAUGAUUUUAAAUUUGAAAAACACCUGUACCAGUCAAAUUACAAUUCUAUGUUGCCAUUUAAAUUGGUAUAUUAGCCUAUAAAAUAGAUAUUUAGCCUUGAGAAUUGAAAGGUCAGUUUAUUCAUAACAUAUAGUUGAUAAAUUUGGCUUCAUGUCAUUUACAUUGUCCAAAAUAUAGGACCCAGCUUUGAUAAUCCAUGACCAAACUGACUGAGAAAAAGUGCAAGGUUUAUUGACACUAAAUUGUGUAAUAGAAGUACACUUAAGAAAAAAAACAGAAAUUUGGCAGAAAAAAUCCAACAUUGGUGUGAAAUUAAUUCAUUAUUAGGUAAAAAUUUCAGAUUUGAUUAAAAAAAAUGGAAUUUUACAUUUCAUGUGUUCAAGGUGUGAAGAUCAUAUCAAAUCAGUUUGAUAAAAUGAUUUUGAAAUAUGCAUUUGUGACACUACCACCAUAUUUGUUUUUCAUGAUCCUAUUAUUGAAAGUAAGAUUGUUAUUCCAUGGGAGUGUUUUCUAAUGAAUUGCAUUUUGUCAAUAAUGUUAUAGUCCACAAAAUGAUAAGUAAUGUCAAUUUCACUCCCCAAGUGCAUUUUUUAGAUGGCAAAAAAUGUAGCAGUAAAGUAUAAGUAUUUUUAACUUGGUGAUGGAUUGAAUGAUUUUUGUGUUGCAAGGAUUGUUUUCAUUUUAGCAACACAUGAAAUGUAGCUCAAGAUCAGAUUCAUAUAAAGCAUUUAUAGGUGUCUUGUAAUGUGUGUAUAUGCUAUCAUAAAAUAUAGAAAAAAUUGGGUACCCAUGCUAGAUUAUUCACAAAUUUUCCAUUAAUAUUUUCUGGUAAAAAAAUGGAUGAAUUUUCAUGAACUAUGCUUCGAUUUUUAUAAUUUAAUAAACAGUCCGCUCCUAUGUUGUGUCACCAGAGAUAAUAAGGUCAAGAUGACAUUGGGAAAAUGAUUUUUAUUUCUUUAUUUUGUAUUGUUCAAACUGUGAUAAUUUUAUGUUAUAUAUUUACAAAUGUUUGUGUAUAUAAUAAUCUAGUAUACCAUUAAAA